CUGUUUCACUCGGGCUUUGCCUUGCUUCCCACUUUUGUACUAGGUCCUCUUGGCUUUAGUUUCUCCCCAGUUCUCUACCCUUUGAACUCUCUCCAAAGCUUCCCUAGAAUUUUUGCUCUCCUAGAAAUUAGACAGGCACCUGCUCACAUCAUACAUCCCCUACUCUUGUCACCAGACAUACACACAUCCAUCUUCUGGGCUUUCUGUUCUCUUGCGGAAAAGUCUGCAGGGGAAGCUGAGGCAGAACCAAGUCCACCAGAUUCCGAGGAAAGAUAAGUAUGGACUCUGUAACCAGAUAAAAGUGAAGCCACAACUUCACUUAUUCCACAAAUACUUUUUGACUACCUAUAGCUGGCACGCACUGUUCAAGGCGCUGAGGUUCCCACAGUGACAAAAGAGUCUGCCUUUGUGAGUUUGUAUCAUAGUGGAAGGAAACAGACAAAAAAAGUAAGUAAAAUAUAGACACUGGUAUGUAGAUGGUGAUAAACGAUAACGAGAAAUAUAAAAUAAGGACACAUUGGAAGUGACAACAGUGGGGAGGUAGAAUUGGUAUCUGCAUUUAACGUUUUCUAACAACAAAUCCAGGGUGGGGUACAAAGCAGUGAGAAAAUGAGGCCCUUAUGCUCAGCGCCCCCAACCCUGCGUCGGUGGGGUCACUAUUCACUUUGGAACACUGCCCUUGGGACCAACAUAUUCUCAGUGAUCCUUGUGAAGGUUUCCACCCUAAGUCCCUCAUCCUCACCAGGCAAUAUUUAUUCUCCCAAAGCAAACUAUGGAGGCAACGCGGAGAAAGUGUGAAUUAAUUCAAGACUAAGGUUGCCAAAAUGGGUGAUCAGCUCUGCCUCAGCCUUGACAUUGCAUGACAGAUUCCCUGAUCGCCGCCGUCGCAGAAGCUCUGAAUUGGAAGCGUGCAUGUAUUUGCAAAUCCAUUGCUGGCAUUUCUUCCGUUAGCCUCCGCUGGAACUGAAGCCGAUGGGCCGGGAGCUGCGGAACUACAACUCCUAGAGUACCCCGCGCCGCUGGGACGCCGUGCGGCUGCGGGGCGGGGCGAGCGCAAAGAUGUCCGCGCCCGCUCCUGGGAGGCGAGGUGAGAGUCUUUGACCGUAACCAGGCGUCCGGAGCUGAGGCAGUUCCUGCACGUGUCGCGGGGCCGGAGACGCUAGGGCCAGGUAUUCCAAGGAUGCAAGAAUCCUGCAAAUUCGACAUGUAAACUGCUUCCCCAGCCUCCAGGCGAGCCCUGCCUUUGCCUCAGGCCCCUUCCUUUUCCUUCUCGGGGAAUCGACCUCGGGAAGGGGUGUGGGCAAAGAGAUGAGGACUGUCCCUUUUCGCCCAGGCCAACUCGGGAUAUCCCGGAGCCUCUGGGGAGGCGGUCACUCCGACGUCUGAGGACCUGGGCCUUGGGCCCGGACUCGUUAUGAAGAGCGACUGCUCGACCUCUGCAGCCCCCUUCAGGGGGCUUGGGGGACCUCUGCGCAGCAGCGAGCCGGUGCGCGCCGCCCCGGCCCGGUCGCCGGCCGUGGACCUUCUGGAGGAGGCGGCCGACCUCCUGGUGGUGCACCUGGACUUCCGGGCGGCGCUGGAGACCUGCGAGCGGGCCUGGCAGAGUCUGGCCAACCACGCCCUGCCAGAGGAACCCGCGGGCACCUCCUUGGAGGUGAAGUGCUCCCUGUGUGUUGUGGGGAUCCAGGCCCUGGCAGAAAUGGAUCGGUGGCAAGAAGUGCUCUCCUGGGUCCUUCAGUAUUACCAGGUCCCUGAAAAGCUACCCCCCAAAGUCCUGGAGCUGUGCAUUCUUUUAUACAGCAAAAUGCAAGAGCCUAGAGCUGUGCUGGAUGUGGUGGGUGCCUGGCUCCAAGACCCAGCCAACCAAGACCUUCCAGAAUACGGAGCCCUGGCAGAAUUUCACGUGCAGCGGGUGCUGCUGCCUCUGGGCUGCUUGUCGGAGGCUGAGGAGCUGGUGGUGGGCUCUGCAGCUUUUGGUGAGGAGCGGCGACUGGAUGUACUUCAGGCCAUUCACACAGCGAGGCAGCAGCAGAAACAGGAACACUCAGGCUCUGAGGAGGCCCAGAAGCCAAACGAGGAAGGCUCUAUCUCCCACAAGUUCCUGUCACUACCGAUGUUGGUUCGCCAGCUUUGGGACUCUGCGGUGAGCCACUUCUUUUCUCUGCCCUUCAAAAAGAGCCUCCUGGCUGCCUUGAUCCUCUGUCUCCUGGUGGUGAGGUUUGAUCCUGCUUCCCCUUCCUCCCUGCCCUUCCUCUACAAGCUGGCCGAGCUCUUCCGCUGGAUUCGGAAGGCUGCAUCUUCUCGCCUCUACCAGCUCCGCAUCCGUGACUGAGGGUCCCUGUGCACCACAGCCUCUCUGUUCCUCACGUCUGCGGCAACAGAAGCAGAGCGACAGAGCGACACAUCCACAGGCACCCCUGGGGAAAUGGGAUCAGCCUAAUCUCGCAGAGUGCACUGUGUCUUGCUGCCUGGGAGCCCUCUCCUUUGCACCCCACUUUGGCUGGUCAUGGUAGAUGAUGUGGAAACAAAGCGGGACCAGCAGACACAGCACCUCCAGAACAGUGCCCCUUGAAAAGGAGGGGUUUGGGGACAGGGACUGUGUCCAUGAAACAUUCCAUCUUCUCAGCAAAGGCAAGGGGUUGGUUCUUCAGGUCAGGAUGUUAAUGGAGCUGGAAGUUCAGAAAAAGCCUGGUGGAGUGACCCUCGGCCUUUCACUUCUUGAGAAACAUACUUCUUUGCUGGGCAUGGUGACUCAUGCCUGUAAUCCCAGCAGUUUGGGAGGGUGAGGUGGGUGGAUCACUUGAGGCCAGGAGUUCAAAACCGGCCUGGCCAACAUGGUGAAACCCUGCCUCUACUAAAAAUACAAAAAUUAGCCAGGUGUGGUGCAUGCCUGUAGUCCCAGCUACUCAGGAGGCUGAGGCACGAGAAUCACUUGAGCCAGGGAGGCAAAGGUUGCAGUGAUCCGAGAUUGUGCUACCACACUCUCAAAACAAAAAAACAUGCCGCACAGGACAGUACCUUAAUUAGCUAGAGUGCGAUCUGAGAGGGCCUCUUCUUGCCUGCGCUGUGCUCCCCAGAGCUGAUCUAAUUCUGUAUCGAGAUGCUGCUCCCAUGGUCUUGCCACGCGCUUGAAGCUCUGGGAGCCUUCUUACCGUUCAGACUGGGGCGUGGUUUUCAGAACCACCCGGUUGACUACUGAAAACCAAGUGAGCCUUACAGCUCUUAUCACUGGGUAAAGUGAUCUUGCCUGGUGCCUCUUGGUCUUCAGCUCAAUUUUCCAGGUUGUCCUGGCCAAGCCUUGCUGUGUUACGCUCAGUGCCUCUUUCCACUCUCCCCGCCAGCCCCUCCCUCCCGCCCUGCAAAUUGUCCAUUGGCUAUUUCACCAGGUUCUGCUUGUAUCCUUGCCUCCUUGGUACACACCAUUGCAGGUUCUUCCCUUUCUGUGUCCCAUUGUCCUAGUUAUGUUCUGUUGUUUGUGUAAUGCCCAAAUUUUUCUGCUCGUGUGGCCUUGAAAAGUAGGCCAGCCUCAGAGACUGCUGAGCUGAAAAUGGAACUGAGUAAUCAGGUGAGCUGGAAGGGAUGUGGGGGCGGGGCAGAGGAGAGACAUGGGUUUUGAAGGCAGUGAACAAUAAAACCUUAGGGAGGUGGCACCGAGGCCUUAGCGUAUGAGGA